GAAGGAGGCUCGCUGUAGUGGGGGAGGAACGCCAAAGGGAUUGUGGGAGAAAAGGUCUUUCCUUUCCCUCUGGCGGCAGCCAUCAGGUGAGCCGACAUGGGCGCAUACAAGUACAUCCAGGAGCUAUGGAGGAAGAAGCAGUCGGACGUGAUGCGCUUUCUGCUCAGGGUGCGCUGCUGGCAGUACCGCCAGCUCUCGGCGCUGCACCGGGCCCCCCGCCCCACCAGGCCCGACAAGGCGCGCAGGCUGGGCUACAAGGCCAAGCAAGGUUAUGUCAUAUAUCGUAUUCGUGUGCGCCGCGGUGGCCGCAAACGCCCAGUUCCUAAGGGUGCCACCUACGGCAAGCCUGUCCACCAUGGUGUCAACCAGCUCAAGUUUGCUCGAAGCCUUCAGUCUGUUGCCGAGGAGCGAGCUGGACGCCACUGUGGGGCCCUCAGGGUCCUGAAUUCUUACUGGGUUGGUGAAGAUUCUACAUACAAAUUCUUUGAGGUUAUCCUCAUCGAUCCAUUCCAUAAAGCUAUCAGAAGAAACCCUGACACCCAGUGGAUCACCAAACCAGUGCACAAGCACAGGGAGAUGCGGGGGCUGACGUCCGCAGGCAGGAAGAGCCGCGGCCUUGGCAAGGGCCACAAGUUCCACCACACGAUCGGUGGAUCUCGCCGUGCAGCCUGGAGAAGGCGCAAUACUCUCCAGCUCCACCGCUACCGCUAAUAUCAGUGAUGUCUGUAAAAUUCUUACCUAAUAAACAAUUUAGGACAUUCA